AUGAAGGGAGGAUAUACCUGUGAUCACUUAGAGCUUAUUCUGUUUGAUUCAAAGUUGGAUUUGAUUCAAGCCAUUGUGCCAUCUUAUUUGGUCCAACUUGUUGACAUACCUCUGAACCACCUCAAGUUAAUUGGAAUAAAUGCUAUUAUUGAGGGUAAAUACAGAACGAAUUUGUUAUAUGAUAUAAUUGGUGGGGUUACUGAAAUAUCCCAAGCCCAGAUAAUUCCUGAUAACAACAAAAGCAAGGUUGUGUUUUCAUUAACUGAUCUGAGCAAACAUCGUGUGCAAUGUACUCUUUGGGGUAAAUUAGUUGUGCAACUGAAUGAGUAUUAUACGACUCAUAAGGUCGAUGGUAGUAUUGUUCUCCUACUUAUGAAUGCAAGGAUCAAGGAACCUCAAGGAAAUUAUCCUUUAAAUGUAUCAAAUGCUUGGAACGGCACAAAACUGCUCAUUAAUGAUUUGUCUAUUGAGGAGGUUAAAAACCUUAAAGAGAAUUCUGAGCCAGUCCCAAGAUUUAAGCUUGCAGUGCUUGCCUCCAAUGGAAAGUUAAAAUACAAGUUCGUAUUUUGGGAUGUAGAUUGUGUAAAGUUGAUUGGGAAGUCCGCCCUUCAGAUGAAGUUGGAUUUGAUGGAGACUGGAGAUUUUGAUCCCCUUGAAUUCCCUUAUGAACUUGAUGUGAUGCUGAAGAAGGAGUUGGCUAUAAGAGCAGUGUUUCAACCAAACAAGGCCAGUCUUUCUGUAAUCGGAUUUAAGGCAGAUGAAGUGCUACGUACCAAAAUAAAGGAGAGGUUUAAAUGUGAAGAGCACACUUCAAAGAUUGUCGUCUCAACAGAUGACACUCGGGAUGAUAUGCAUACAACAUCAUGUACUCCGACCAUCAGCACCUCGGAAAAACAGUCUCAUGAUGAUCCACAAACAGUUUCAGAUCCGUUAUCAAUCACUGCAGAUUAUGACCCUUCAGUUGCCAACUCUGCACUUACACCGUCAAAAAGAUCUAUUCCUGAGACAGUUGAAGAACUCGACAGUGCCCAACUAUCGUCCACCAAGAUAAUAAGGGACAUCAAGCUGGAGAAAUGA